AUGGUCGAGUCUAACCCUACAGUACCCCUUCGAAGCAUUCAAGAGCAAGUUCAGAAGAGGCUUCAAGUUGGUGUAUCCAUACACAAAGUACAGAGAGCAAAAGCAACAUCUACAAAGAAAGUGAGUGGUGACUACACAAAGCAGUACGAGGUGUUAAGAGAUUAUCUUAUGGAACUACAAGCAACUAAUGUGGGUACAACUGUGAAGCUUGAGGUUGUUAAUGAGUCUAACAGUACUAGAGAAACAAGGCAGUUUAAAAGGGUGUAUAUUUGCUUAGGGGCAUUGAAGAAAGGGUUUAAAGCAGGCUUAAGAGAUAUUAUGGGACUAGAUAGUGCUUUUAUGAAAGGACCCUUUCCAGGCCAAGUACUCACAGCAGUUGGAUUGGAUUCAAACAACGGCAUAUACCCACUUGCAUAUGCCAUUGUUGAGACUGAAAAUAUGAGUAGCUGGAAAUGGUUUCUAGAAUGCUUGGGAGAUGACUUAGAGUUGUACUCAAAUUCUAACUUUACUUUCAUGAGUGAUAGACAAAAGGGACUCUUACCUGCUAUUGCACAACUAUACCCACAGGCUGAGCAUCGAUUCUGUCUAAGACAUAUUUAUGAGAACAUGAGGAAAAAAUGGAAAACAAAAGAGUAUAAAGAUCACUUAUGGCAGUGUGCAAUAGCAACCACAAUACCAGAAUUUGAACACUACAUGAAUGAACUUAACAAGUUUGAUAAGGAUGCUUUUGAGUGGUUGAAGAAAAUCCCUCCUCACCAUUGGGCCAGAAGCCACUUUUCAGGCAGAACAGGAUCAGAUAUAUUGCUCAACAAUUUAUGUGAGGUUUUCAACAGUAAGCUUAUUCAUGGUAGGAAUAAGCCCAUCAUAAGUUGUCUUGAGUACACCAGGCAGUACCUUGUGAAGAGGAUCUGCAAUGUGAAGAAAGUGAUGUCCAAAGCUCCAGGUCCACUCACUCCAACAACAUCAAAGUUACUUGAGAGAAAUAGGGAAGCUUCAGUCCAAUAUAGAGCUAGAUGGAAUGGGACUGCAAAGUAUGAAGUUUAUGGUCCUUGGCAUGACCAGUAUGUGGUUGACAUGACAAAUAUGUCAUGUACAUGUAGAAGGUGGGAAUUGAAUGGGAUUCCAUGCAGGCAUGCCAUAGCUACAAUACAUGAAAUGGCUGAUAGUGGAGACAAAGUUGGGGAGCUUUACACUUAUGUCAACAAAGUGUAUUGGCUUCAAACAUGGAAUGAAGCUUACUCUUACACUGUGGACCCUAUAAAGGGUAGAGCCAUGUGGCCAAAAAGUACCUGUCCAUUUCAAUUAACACCACCACCACAUCACAAUCAACAUGGGAGACCUAAGACCAAGAGAAAGAGAAGUGCAGAUGAAAAAUAUGAUAAACAAAUGCAAAAUCACGGUGCAGGUGAACCUGAAAAACUUACCAGAAAGUUUGUUAGUGUCAGGUGUGGGAAAUGCAACAAUAAGGGUCAUAACUCAAGGACGUGCAAGGGUCAAGGUGGGAAUGCAGGAAGCAAUGAAGGAGGGAAUGCAGGAAGCAGUCAAGGAGGGAACGCAUGA